AAUCAGCAAUGUUUCAGUAAACUGUUAGUAUUCUGUCUUUGUUUUGCUUGCUUUUUGACAAAACACAUUUUCUGCAUUUAUUUUUGCAUUUGCCUACAUGAUGUGCAAUAUAUGCUCUAAUUUUAAAACUUUCUAGGUGAAGUGAUUCACUUAAUACAAAUUUUGAAGCUGGGAAAGCAUGAUAAUAUUAUCUAAUCUUGCAUGCAAGCACUAUUUGCAUCACUGAUUGAUCUUGAAAUACCUCUUUUUUGGUUUUAUGUCUGGAUUUAGUACACCAUAGAAAGAUCUUGGGUGAAUUUUGGUAUAGCAGACUGAACAUUAUAAUAGCAAGAGCUAGAAAAAUGGAAAGCAGAACAGAAAAUGAAGUUGAAACAUUAUUAAUUAUACUUAUGUUUUUAUAAAUGCUCAAUAUGAUCUCGUAUGUUCAUUGUAGUACAGCAGUGUGGGCUAUCACGGUCAGUGUCAUUGACUAGUUUUUUUGAUGUUUGCAUUCCACAGUGUCAGUAUUUGAAACAUAAUGUUUCUGAAUUCUUUCCUUAACUUACUCUUCUCCCUGAAACAAAGCAGAUAAAAUACCAGUACAUGGAACUGUAUUGUCCCCAGUUUUGGUUUUGGAAGGCUUUUGUAAUUUAUAUUCAAAGAACAGCUCUUAAAUAGUGUGACAAAUAUGAGAAUAACCUGAUGAAGUGAGAGCUUGCUGUGAUUCGUGUAGACCAGACAUUUCAGGGAGAUGAGCUACGUAGUUUGCGGAUGACUUUGAAUUGUUUGCUCAUAGUAAUGAAAUAGAGAAUUUGAGGAUGCCAGUCUUGAAUUGUAAGUUGUGUGGGUUAUAGUUCUUACCGAACUUUGUUCUUUUAUGCUCUUUUAUUUCAAUUAAAUGCCUACUUGCAUAUUAAAUGUCUCAUUGCUCUGCCUGGCUUAUGCACCAUGGUCCCCCCAAACGUGUGUUGUCUUCCUGCCUGCAGUUUUUCUCUCUUCAGAUCUCUGUCCCCUUUCCUUUCUUCCUCACAACCUCCAUUUUUAUUCUUUGGUUCCCACUGAGACGGAUCCUCCCUCCUUUUUUACAUUAAAUACCAGAAGAGGGAGCAUUGAGUACAGAAGAGAAACCAGGUUCCAGGAAAAUGUAUUUAUCUGGAUAUAGUGUGGAACUUGCAAUAAAGAGUACAGAAUAUAAAGCAGUAGAUGACACGCAGGUUAAAGGAGCAAAUGAGACAAAAGAAGAGGAAGAUGAGGAAGAGGAAGAGGAAAGUGAUGUCCAAGGAUUUCUCUUUGGCAAAUUAAAACAGAUAUAUCCUGAUCUGAAAAAUAACCUGAAAAAGUUUAAAAAACAUCUAAUUGAAACUACUAACAACAUGGAACCACUGAAGGUUUGGGAGCUACAGGAUCUUAGUUUUCAAGCAGCUGCUCGAGUUAUGUCUACCCCUGUUUAUGAUGCUUUAAAGGUAAUGAAAGACAUUGCUCAGAACUUCCCAAUAAGAGCCAGCCUGCAUUUUGUGUCUCAGUAUUUCCAGCUGAAAAGAUCACUGACAAGAGUGACCAUAGACAAGGAAAUGCGAAAUGAAAUAGAAGAAAAUCAGAAGCAUUUUCAUGAAACACUUGGAAUCCAACCUGGAGAAGCACAUUUAUUUCUAAAUGGCCUUCCUAUUGACUUGGAUUUUCAUGAUCCUUUUAGUAUCUUAGAGACUCUUAAACUGGAAGGAAAAGUGAUGCAUGGCCUUCAUGAACUUGGAAUCAAAGAGGAGAUCCUGAGUAAAUUUAUGAGGUUGCAUAUACAUCCUACAGAUAACAGUUAUGCACUAGAUAUUCGUCACUCUUCGAUAGUAUGGAUUAAUAAUAUAGAACAAGAUCACAGCUAUAGCACAUGGCCUGAAAGCUAUCAGGAACUGCUAAGACCCACACUUCCUGGAGUUCUGCAGCAGAUUAGACGCAAUUUACAUAAUUUGGUACUUUUUGUUGAUCCUGUCCAAGAAGAUACAGGUGAUUACAUGAAAGUGGCAGAGUUAUUCUACCAUUAUAAUGUACCACUUAGAAUUGGAAUUGUUUUCAUUUUAAAUACAAAAGAAGAAAUUGAUGGAAAUGAAGAUGCUGGAAUAGCUCUUUGGAGAAGUUUUAGUUACAUUGCAGAGGAAUAUGACACCUUUCAGGCCUUUACCUCAAUAAUUAAGAUGUACCAUGGAGUGAGAGAUGGAAGUGUUCUAACAGUAGAUGAUGUGAAAGAUGUCCUUAAAAGUGAAUACCCCAAUGCUGAUGUUCAGAGUAUACUAGGUGUUCAUUCUGAACAUGAUGAAGGGAGGAAGGCAGGAGCAACCUUUUAUAAAAGGAGUGGCCUGGGCCCAUUGCCUCAAGUGCUGUUUAAUGGCGUGCCCUUUAAUAGAGACGAGAUGGAUGUUGAAGAGUUAGAGACAGUUAUUCUUCAGAGGAUUAUUGAUGCCACCAAGUUCUUCCAGCGGGCAGUGUUCAUGGGUUUGCUAAAUGAUCACAUGAAUGCAAUAGAUUUUCUUAUGGACCAGAACAACAUAGUUUCCCGUAUAAACCCCACUAUUCUUGGAGCAGAAAGAAGAUACAUACCUUUCAGACCCACAUCUGUUCCAUUUGAUGUGGAAGACUUCUCUACUUUCUCCUUUUUGGACUCACAAGAUAAAAGUGCUGUAAUUUCAGACAACAUGAAGUAUUUAACAAAAAAGGAUGAAGAUGCAGUAUAUGCUGUUACUAUCUGGAUUAUUGCUGAUUUUGAUAAGCCAUCUGGUAGACGACUGCUUUCUAAUGCCUUGAAAAGCCUGAAAACAAGCAGUCAUACACGAGUAGGGAUUUUGAACAAUCCUUCAUCAAAAAUAAAGGAAUCUAACACAGCCAUUGCAAGAGGAAUUUUGUCUGCUUUUCUAACACAAAAUAACAGCAACUUAAAACGUUUCCUCAGUAAACUCAGUAAGGAAGAGACAGCAAAAUCCCUUGCUGCUGGAACUAAAAUUACUAAAUUCCUCAUCCCAGGAAUGGAUGGCAAUACUUUUGAGAAGAAGUACAACACUUUAGGACUGGAUUUAAUUAAAACCCACCAGAUGUUCUGCCAGGAGGUUCUUAAACUGCUUCCUGGGCAAAUGGCUGUUAUGAGCAAUGGCAGGGUACUGGGUCCUUUAGAUGAAAAUGAAUUCUAUGCAGAAGACUUUGAUUUGUUAGAAAAGAUAACAUACAGUACCUCAGCGGAGAAGAUUAAAGCUCUUGUAAAAGAGAUGGGAAACAGCAGUAAAAGUGGCAGUGAUUUGAUUAUGAAAAUAGAUGCCCUGCUGUCAUCUUUGCCUAAAACAGAGACGAGACAGGAUGCUGAAUUACUUAAAGAGCAGCACAGCGUAGUAAAAGUCGACCCCCAACAAAACGAACCAUUCUAUGAUGUUAUUGCUAUUGUGGAUCCAUUGACAAGAGAAGCACAGAAGAUGUCUCAUUUAUUGAUUGUACUCAAGGACGUUAUCAAUAUGAAGCUCAGGUUAUUUUUGAAUUGCAAAUCUAAGCUGUCAGAACUGCCACUGAAGAGCUUCUAUCGGUUUGUUCUGGAACCAGAAUUAAGUUAUGGGAUUAACAAACACCUUCCUUCUGAACCUGUGGCAAAAUUCCUAGAAUUGCCAGAAUCGCCUCUUUUGACUCUAAACAUGAUCACUCCAGAAAGCUGGUUGGUUGAAGCAGUAAACAGUUCCUGUGAUCUCGAUAACAUUCAUUUACAGGAGGUAAAAGGGGCAGUUAUAGCAGAAUAUGAACUGGAAUAUAUAUUGCUUGAAGGGCAUUGCUUUGAUGUGACAACUGGACAACCUCCUCGAGGAUUACAGUUCACUUUGGGCACAAAGAAUAAUCCUGUCGUGGUUGAUACUAUUGUGAUGGCCAACCUUGGAUAUUUUCAGCUGAAAGCAAAUCCAGGCGCUUGGACACUGAGGUUGCGUAAAGGAAGAUCUGAAGAGAUUUAUCAGGUUUUUUCCCAUGAAGGAACAGAUUCUGUUGCUGACCUGACAGACAUUAUUGUGGUAUUAAACAACUUCAGAAGCAAAAUUAUCAAAGUUCAAGUACAGAAAAAGCCUGAUAAAAUGAAUGAGGAUCUCCUUACAGAUGGAACAGGAAAAUAUGGAAAUCUGGAAUCAGUUACAAGAUUUUCAGAAGAAAUUCCAACAGAAGAGAAGGAAAAGAAAAGUGAUAUUCUUAACAUUUUUUCUGUUGCUUCAGGCCAUUUAUAUGAACGUUUUUUAAGAAUUAUGAUGCUUUCUGUCCUACGUCAUACAAAAACACCAGUUAAAUUUUGGUUUCUGAAAAACUACCUCUCCCCUACAUUUAAGGAUGUUAUUCCUCACAUGGCUAAAAAGUAUGGUUUCAACUAUGAGUUAGUACAGUAUAAGUGGCCCCGCUGGCUUUAUCAACAGACAGAAAAACAGAGAAUUAUCUGGGGCUACAAAAUUCUUUUCUUGGAUGUUCUUUUCCCUUUGGCUGUGGAUAAAAUAAUAUUUGUUGAUGCUGACCAGAUUGUGAGAAGUGACCUGAAAGAACUCAGAGAUCUAGAUCUAAAUGGAGCUCCCUAUGGAUACACACCUUUCUGUGACAGCCGUAAGGAAAUGGAUGGGUACCGUUUCUGGAAAUCAGGAUACUGGGCAUCACAUCUUGGGAAAAGGAAAUACCAUAUUAGUGCCUUAUAUGUUGUGGAUCUGAAGACGUUCAGAAAGAUUGCAGCUGGAGACAGACUUCGGGGCCAGUACCAGGCUCUUAGUCAAGAUCCAAACAGUCUGUCAAAUCUAGAUCAGGAUCUCCCCAAUAACAUGAUUCAUCAAGUAGCCAUUAAGUCUCUCCCUCAGGAGUGGCUUUGGUGUGAAACCUGGUGUGAUGAUCAGUCCAAGAAAAAGGCUAAAACAAUAGACUUGUGCAACAAUCCCCAAACCAAAGAACCAAAAUUAGAGGCUGCUGCCCGGAUAGUUCCUGAAUGGGUUGACUACGACUCUGAGAUACGAAAGUUAAUACAGCAAAUUGAAAAAGAGAAGAAAAAUCUAACAUCGUUAUUUCAAAAAGGUCUUAAACAUGAUGAACUUUAGCACAGCCCAUGAACAACAAUGGUGACAACUCAAUAGUCUUCUGGAAAAGACUGAAGGGGAGUUACAAAUGUUACAAUGGCACUAUUUGCAACAUUCUUUAAUGUUAAGUCAAAUAUUUUAUAACUUAUAGUGUUAUUUAAAACAUUUUAAAUGCAAUACAAACCUGAGAAAUCCACAGGUACUUGGGGUUGUGGCUUUUUUUACCCAGUGUGGAGUUUGGUUUUCUUUUCCUUCUUUAAAGUACAGUUUGCCCAGAGGAUUUUAGAAUAUGAAGAAAGAGGUGUUCAACUUCUCAAAGAUACGUUGUCAGUCUGGGGGAGGACACGUUGUCAGUCUGGGGGAGGACAUACACGUUAAAUAUGUACAUGAAAACUGGUUUGUGCAUAUUACAUGCAUUAAGUUUAUGUAUUAAAACAUCAAGAGUUUUGGUUAUAUGUC